AUGCGUUCAGUCAUCCUCUCCAUCGCUGUGCUCGCUGCCAGCGCCCUAGCUUAUCCUGUUAAGGAAUGCACUCGCAAGGUCAACAAGCACACCACUGUCCAAUAUGUUGACUUAGUUGUCACCAAGACUGUCUAUGUCACCGAAACUGCCCCAAGGACAAAGCACGCUGCUCCUAAGCCAAAGGCGACCACAGUCGUCUAUGUCCCACCACCAGUUGAGACUCCAGCCUACCAACCACCAGUCUACAACGCCCCAGCUCCAUCCCCUAAGCCGGCUCCAAAGCCAUCACCUGUUCCAGUUGUUGUCCCAGCCCCAGCACCGGCUCCAGUCUCCCCAGCCCCAGUCGGUGAUGACCAGAAGUGUCUCGAGACCCACAACAAGUUCAGAGCUGCCCACGGUGCUAAGGCACUCGUCUGGAGCACAGAGUUGGCCUCACAUGCCGAGGCGAACACCGGAGACUGCACCAUGCAUCACUCUGGCGGUCCAUACGGCGAGAACCUUGCCUUCGGCUAUGAUAGUGUCGAAGCUGCUAUCACCGCUUGGUACGAAGAGAAGAACCAAUACAAUGCUGCCUCCCCAGGCUUCCAGAUGUCUACCGGUCACUUCACCCAACUUAUCUGGAAGGCUACCUCUGAAAUCGGUUGUUACAACCGAAAGUGCGGUGGCAGCCAGUACCUCAUGUGCGAGUACAGGACCCCCGGUAACGUCGUCGGAAACAACGGCCAGUACUUCACCGAAAACGUCCAGAUGUAA